AUUAAAUUUUGUGUCACUAUUUUUUUUUUAAAUUAGUAAUAUAUGUUCUGAAUGAUUUAUUGUUUGUAUUUUCCCAUGGUGAACCCUCAAUCUUUUUUGAAAUUUGGACUCGGAAUGUUCGUCUACCAAAAGAGGCACAAUUUUGUCCAAAGUUGAGCAAAAGUUUGAAACCUAUGAUAAGUAUGAUGGAACAAAUGAUGUUAGAGGUGAGAAGUUGUAUCAAUGUUCCAACAAGGAUUGUAAUGGAACAGAAGUUUUCCCGUUGUCCAGGUUUAAAAUACCUAUUCGGGUUCAAGAUUCAACCGGUACGGUGACACUGACAUUGUUUGACCAUGAGGCGUUGAAGUUUGUUGGGUAAACGUCAAAGGAACUUAUAGAAAUUCAGGACGAGUUACCGAAGACAAAUGAGAUUCCAAGAGAAUACCCAGUUGAAUUUGAAAUGUUGGUUAACCUAAAGUGUGCUUUCGUGAUCAAAGUAACAGACUUUAGUAUCGUCAAUGCUGUGGAGAAUUAUGGAAUAUCAGUUGUUACCACUGAUGAUGACAUCUUGGAUAAGCUCAACAAAAAAUGGAAAAUUGACCAACUUGAUGUCUCUGAUUCCUUUGGUAUGAGUCAGUCUGAGUUCCAAUCUGCUGGUGGUGAAUGCUCUAAGGAUGGUGAUUCUUACAUUGGGGAUAACACCACACCUGUUUCAAAGGAUUACGUGGGUGACUUGAAGCAAUCAUCUUCUGAUUUGAAGCGUAACCUUGAUGAUGUUUAUUUGAUUGAAGAGGGAUUGGGGUCGUCAGCAAGUAAGCCUCACAUGUGUCUUGAGAAAAAUCAUCUUGACGAAGAUGUAGGCAAGAAUUGAUAAAGGAGAUAUGGCAAAUGGUGGUUAUAAUAAAAAACAAUU